UAGACUUUUUCAUAUCCAUCAGUAAUAUGAUUCACACAAAUUGUUUUCAGGUCAAUACAAAAGAUGACCGUUUGACAUGACUUGACACCUUCGUCGCCAUUGUCUUUCAACCAAUGAAUCUGGUACAUAAAAGCGCUAUGGCUGCUACGGUUAGCCACAAUUACUCUUUCGUCGCAGUCGCGUUCACAACGUCAUGAUAUAUGGCCAAAGUACCGAUGUGAAAACUUUAAAAACAAGUGCGGCAUGAUAAAAAAAUAAAUAUGCUGUUAAAAACACCGAUUCUUCCAAGCAAAAUGCUCGCUUUAGUGGUGUUAACGUUGUAUCUAAGCGGUAUCGUGGCUAAUCGGCUGGAUAACUUGCUGCUUAAACCGGUGAUGGAUUUAGUUGGCGCUGAAGUAUCGCCUGCCGUUUCAAAGGCGUCGCUCGGCAAGUUGCAAGAUCGAGAUGAGGAUCCAGUGUUUUUCGAGCUGCGUAGCAAAGAUGGUAAUGGUGGUGUGCAACGGCGCAGUGCAGGCGACAGAAAAGAUCUACUUCAACAUCUUUUUGCGGCCUAUGGCUGCUUGACUUCCAUCGAAGGUUGGACGAAAGUGAAGGGAAAAUUGGAUUUUGAAAUGUUGCCCAACAAAUGUCUUGAUUGCAAGAGUAGAUACGAGCCCAGUAUGGAUGAUAUCUUUAACGGAUUAACAACAGUGAAUCUCGGUCAAACCCAUGUCCCAUCGGCGAACGAACAAAAAAUUCAGCCCGCUUUUGUCAAGACUAAGGAGUCUUCGAGUGACAAUAAGUUUAUCAACUUUCCGCCAAUGUCAAACUACGCUGAUUUUUACAAAGAUUUGCUAACCGAUAUCAGUAGGAAAGAACCAAAACGGGCUGGCACAGCACCGGUCAUUGGCUGCGAUUGUAAAGUUAAGAUCGACUUAGUUGACUUGGGUCAACAGCACUAUCCACGUUAUUUAAUGAAUGCCGUUUGUCAAAGCAAUCAAUCGCCAAAUGAAUAUCCGCAGAAGUGUUGGCGUGGAUCCUACUGCAAGCCAUUGGAAUAUAAAGUGAAAGUACUCACACCUCGAACUCUCUUAGAUCAGGCACAAAAUGACCCGGCACUGGCAUGGUUACCCGAUGAACUCAGACAAGAUUGGAAAUUCAAAACUGUUGCAGUUGCGGCUGGUUGUUUUUGUUCAUAUUAAAUAUGAAUUUGGCGACCAUAUAAAAACACAGAACUGACAUGGAAUAAAUCGUUUACAGAUUAACCGUUAAUUAUAAACACAUAUUCAAGUACCUACCCACAUAUGUACAUAUAUUUUUUGAUGUUAGAUUAGUGUAAAUACGAAGGA